UCAUCAUUAUUGCAGCUAUGGUGCUCCUCUUGGCUUUACUUGGCUUCUAUAAGACUAUCUGCUGUCACGAUCAGAUCAACUGCAUAUAUUUUUAGUGACUAUAGCGAAAUUCCCUCACACGUUGAUUGUUACUCCUGGCAGUUCUAUCGGUGUUAGGAGUUCAGCCACUUGUAUCCCUGUGAGUGCUUUAGCUGUUAUAUGUCCUUAUUUUUCAGGAAGUGUUAUCCAUUUUAUCCACUUUUUUCCAUCACGAUGUGGACUUUUUGUAGAUUGUCAAUUUUCGGGUGGAUCUUGGUCACUGUUACAUUCGUUUUAUGUGGACUUUUUGUCAUUCUCCACAAUGCAAUGGGUGACACCUGUGUUGCCAUGGAAGAAUGGAUCCAAAACUCCACAGCCCACACAUCCAUGGAUGAUAUACUUCCCUGUGUGGACAAUGCAACUGCCCAAGAGACCUUGUUGCAGAGCAAAGAUGUUACCUUCCAGUUGGUCCGUGUAGUCAACAGAUUUAUUGGCAACAUCUCGAACCACAACUUUCCAGCAGACAGUGACCCUUUUUACUACAACCAGUCUGGCCCGUUAGUGCCACUCCUUUGUAAUCCUUUCCAUCAUGAUAAAACUGAUAGAAGAUGUGCUGAUGGUGAGGUCAACUUUGACAAUGCGUCGCAGGAAUGGAGGAAAUACAUCUGUGAGGUCUCAACAAAUAAUCUUUGCACUUCAUUGGGCCGCUUGACAACCGUAUUCUAUGACCAGAUGACGGCCAUUGUCAAUGUGAGCUAUGGCUUAUAUCACUAUGGUCCAUUCCUUGUUGACCUACAAGACUGCUCUUUCGUUCGAGAUGCCUUCCGUGAAGUCGAUAAGGAACACUGUCCAGGCCUAAGGCUCUAUAGUAAGUGGAUCUAUGUUGGGUUGGCUUUGGUUUCUGCUUCAGUAAUGCUUUCAUUGGUGUUCUGGGUGGAUUAUGCAAGAGAGCAACGGAAACGCCUGGUCACCGAACUGUUUAUACCUCUGACAGAUCAAGAUCAGUCGGGAGUAGAAAGAGGUCAAGAUUAACUGUGCCAAUGCAUCAUGUGAAUUCUCAUUUAAUUCUAUUUUUUUCUACUGUGGAAAAAGAUUCUCAACACAUCAUGUAGGGUAUUGGAAAAUUCAAUAUUUGUGAUAAACAC